AUGAUUAAUGUAAUUGUUUAAUUUUUUAAAAUAAUAUAAAAUUAAACAAAAAGAAGAGAGAAUACAAAAUUGUUAUCAAAUUUUUAUUAUUCAUAAUCAUUAUCUGUCACAAAUAUGUUAGUUAUAUUAGGUAAUUCCGUAGCUUUAUUUAUGGAAAAAAUGGAAAAUAUUAUUUUGUACAAAAGUAAUCAAUUUGAUAAUUAGUUUAAUAAAAUGUAUAAUAUAUGUUUAGAUAGACCAACCUAUUUUUAAUGAUUCUAAGAAUUAUCAUAAUGAUGACAUGUGGCUACAAAAAAAGUUGUAAUGUUUCUCAAUUAACAUAUGUAUAUUAAAAUAUAUAUAUAUAUAUAUAUAUUAAUAUAAAUAUCUAUUAAAUGGGUUUCAUAUUUAUACGAUUUUAUGAUCGGUAUCUUGUUAUAACAAAAAAGGUUAAACCAUUGAUUUUAAAAUUUUCAAUAUGGGACUUUAAACAUUUUUAGUAAUUUUUAGUCGUUUUAAAAAAAAUUAAAAUAUAACAUAUAAUAUAAAAAAAUUAUUGCAUGAUUAAUGUGAUUGUUUAAUUUCUUUUAAAUAAUAUAAAAUUAAACAAAAAGAAGAGAGAAUACAAAAUUGUUAUCAAAUUUUUAUAUUCAUAAUCAUUAACUGUCAUAAAUAUGUUAGUUAUAUUAGGUAAUUCCGUAGCUUUAUUUAAGGAAAAUAUGGAAAAUAUUAUUUUGUACAAAAGUAAUCAAUUUGAUAAUUAGUUUAAUAAAAUGUAUAAUAUAUGUUUAGAUAGACCAACCUAUUUUUAAUGAUUCUAAGAAUCAUCCUAAUGAUGACAUGUGGUUACAAAAAAAAUUUGUAAUGUUUCUCAAUUAAUAUAUGAGAGAUACUUUUUAACUCAAGAUCAAUAGAGUUUCGUAUUGAUGACAAUGUUGUAUUUUUUCUAAAAGAGAAAGAAUUGAUGUUUUUUAUUAAAUGAAUAAUGGAUCGUUUGUACAUGAGUUAAUAGUUUAGAAACUAACUAUAACUUGGAAAAUAAGUAAAUCUUGGAGAACAAGUAUAUCUAAAACUUGCCUCUUAGAACAGAAAUAAACCAUAUAUUUUAUUGGUGUAAAUGGAAAGAAGUCUAAUAUCAUAUAUUAGAUAGUUUAGUUCAUUUUACAUAAUUGCGCUAUCGUAGUUUCGUUCAUUUUCCAUAAUACCUUAUGGAAAAGUUCCUUAGCGAUAUAUUGCUGCCGGUUUGUGCAAGUUAAUCGUUUAAAACCUACUCGCAAUUGCUUAAACCCUCUUGUACCCUACAAUCAAGCAUCAACUGCUCAAGAUGUACCGCUCUGUCUGUACCAUGUCCAGGUUCUACUGCAACUCGAGCGGUCUUGUUCCUCGAUUUCUUGUUGUUUGUAACAAUUCUGCCCCGAAGACUGCAACGCUGAGAUACGUUUCAUCUUCUAAUCUGCGCUGUUUUUCUUCUAAGACAUCAACGCCCGCACCAUCUGACACUGCAAAAGAUAAGAUAACCCCGGUGGUGAACAAAUUUUCGUUCUCUAGCAUCUUUCAAGGUUGGAUGAAUGGACUUAUUCAACAAGAAAAAGAACAACCCGUUGUGAAUGAAGCGAACAACACAACUCCUUCGGUUACUCAUCAAGAGAAAGAAGAAUCUAGUGUGGAUGAGGCAAAAAACACAACUCCUUCGGUUACUCAUCAAGAAAAAGAAGAAUCUAGUGUGGAUGAAGCAAAAAAUACAACUCCUCCGGUUACUCAUCAAGAGAAAGAAGAAUCUAUUGUGGAUGAAGCAAAAAAGACAACUCCUCCUUCUGCUAUUGAUUUAGCUCUUAACUCAGUGGUUAAGGUCUUCACCGUCUCUAGCAAGCCUAGACUUUUUCAACCUUGGCAGAUUAGUAUGCAGAAUGAAUGCUCUGGCUCUGGAUUUUUAAUAUCGGGAAAGAAGAUUAUUACAAAUGCGCAUGUGGUGGAUAAUCACACAUCGGUUAAAGUACAAAAGCACGGUUCAGCCACCAAGUACAAAGCAAAAGUUCGAAUGAUUGGGCAUGAAUGUGAUUUAGCCAUCUUGGAGGUCGAUAACGAUGAGUUUUGGGAGGGAAUGAACUUCUUGGAGCUUGGAGACGUACCCAAGCUGCAGGAAGAGGUGCACCUUGUUGGCUAUCCUUGUGGUGGUGACAGUAUAUCCGUUACAAAAGGUGUUGUGUCGAGAGUUGAACUAAAAGAAUAUAGUCACAGCUCGACAGAGCUACUCACAGUACAAAUAGAUGCAGCUAUCAAUUCUGGAAAUAGUGGUGGUCCUGUAUUUUUGGGAAACAAAGUGGCUGGUGUAGCAUUUGAAGGUUUGUUCUGGUCCGAUGGUAUUGGUUACAUGAUUCCAACUCCAGUAGUUAAGCACUUUUUAGACUGUGUUGAAGAAAAACAUGUUAGUUUCGGCUCAAUGAAUAUAUCAUAUCAGAUGAUGGGGAAUGCACAAAUUCGUGACUAUUUCAAGAUGAGCAAAGAUAUGACAGGGAUUCUUGUAAACGAAAUAAACCCGCUGUCCGAUGCUUACAACUUUCUGAAAAAGGAUGAUGUUAUUCUGGCCAUUGAUGGUGUUCCUAUAGGAAAUGAUAGUAAAGUUCCGUUUCUUAACCAGGACACCGUAGAUUUCAAGCAUUUGGUCUCUAUGAAGAAACCAUCUGAAACAGCUCUAAUUAAAGUGUUAAGAGAGGGAAAAGAGUGUGAGUUCAACGUCGGUCUAAAACCUGUGAAACCGCUAGUUCCAUUGCAUAAUUUUGACAAGAUGCGAAGUUACUAUAUAUACGGAGGGUUUCUUUUUGUACCUCUAUCCCAACCAUACAUUGAUGGCUCUUAUAUGUGCGAGUGUUCUUCCAAAAAGAUGCCCAAGAAAGCCAGUGAACAGAUAGUAAUCAUUUCUCAGAUCUUAGAGGAUGACAUCAACGCAGGAUACGCCAGUUUUGAAGAUUUGCAGGUGAAGAAAGUGAAUGGAAUCGAAGUGGAUAAUCUGAAGCAUCUAAGUCAAGUCAUAGAGGAGUGUAGCACCGGGUAUUUGAGGCUGGAUUUGGAAAACGAAAAGGUUCUCAUCCUCAAUAAUAAGUUGGCAAGAAAAGCAAAUUCUACGAUCUUGAAAGAACUCAAAAUACCGUCGGCCAUGUCCGAUGACCUUCAACCUAGGCAGGUUAACAGAAGCCGCUUAGUUAGUCCUCGGCAUAGCAAGAAAAAUAAUUAGUUCCGGCCACUGAUUCAGCUUCAGCUGCAGCAUUAUCCCUUCUAAGAUAGUAGGAUUUUAUAAAGUCAUCAAUAGAACAAAAAUUGUUUUGACUUUUCAUAUUUUUUUUUUUUUGAAACUGACUUUUCAUAUUUUUUUGUGUGCCAGUUAAAGUGACUUUUAUAUUAUCUAAUUCAAUACUACAGUUUUGGAUGUUAGUUGCUCUUCACCACUAUAUAUUAUUUAUUUUAAGUGUAUACCAAUGCUAGUAUGUUUGAUUCAACAAUAAUGCAACGUUAUGAAAGGCACGCCACCUAAAAAGGUUAUUAUCAAUACUGUAUAGACGUGUCUCAGAAGUUGGUUCACAUGAUGAACUUUGUUUUUUAAAAAAAUUCUGUAAAAUGGUUACAUUCCAGACCAAACCAUUUUAAAAUGACUAUUUUUAACAAUGUUAUUGUAUAUUUAAUGUCGAUAUCAACAAAAUUGUAAUAUCUGGUAUAACAGCUGAUAUAUGAUUUCACCAAAUAACUAUAUAAAGUAUAUAAUACUUUUUUAAUAUUUAAUUAUUUAUUUGCACGGUAAUAUGAAACACAUAUGUUAAUGUUUUGAACAUGAUUUUAUAAUUUCACAUAUUAAUCAAAAUACA